ACUUUGGAAAACAAUCACUAAAUCUUUAGGAUUAAUAAUGUCAGCGACUUUCAUUAUUUUGAUAACACUCAUGGGCUUUGGAUCAUUGACAUUUCUCAUAUUUGGCACCCAUGCAUGGACUUAUCAUAACUUUCAUUGGGCAACUGCUUCUCUUUUCAAGAUUAUGCCAGAUCCUAUGGAUUUUACAUAUUUACCUGCUUGGAACACAUGGACAUCAUUGCAUUUAACGAUGCCGAUAAUUAGUGGAAUAAUUACACUUGCAUUAUUAAUUCUUCGAUAUCUUAUAUUUUCAAUCAUUUUAAUGAGCUACGAUGCUCUACGUUUUCAAACUGGAAUUGAAAAGGAUGUUCAUCGUUUUUUGAAAGAUCGUACCAUUAAACGUUACUUUGAAAUUGAAAGCUCAAAGUCUGACCUAAGGAUGUUUGAAAAAUCAAAUUUGGAUUCACAACGAUAUCAAAUUAUUCUUCGACUUUUAAAAAACGCUGUUAAUAUAGAAGAUAAUGAAGCCAGACAGCAAGCCAUGGGAAAUUUACUAUUAUAUAAUUUAAUUAAAAAGGCUGAAUUAAAAAAUUUUAAAUCAUCCGAAACUGAAAUGACAAAUCAGUUGAAAAAUGAUUUCUUAAUGAUUAACUCGCUUAGAGCUGCUUUACGGCUGCAAAGAUUCUAGAAUU